UUGUCUAAUCAAAAGGAGCUAUAUGACUUAACUGCAACAAGAUUGUGCUUCAAGCUUAAGGACAUUGUCCAUUCAUAGAAUGAAGUUCCUGGGUUGAAGAAGCAUUGCUUAUUUGGUUGAGUUGGUAAAUUAUUUGGGUCUAUGAAGGCUAUGGUUGUUGAUCUUUCUUCAUCGCUUGACUAUUCUACACUUGAUGUUAUGAUCUCUAGCAUCACUAAAAGAGGUUAAAUGAGGGUCAUAAAAAACACAAGGAACUUUUACAUUGAUGGUUAUGUUGAUAACCCACUUCCAAGAAUUCCCAAAUCAUCUCAUUCUAUUGAUGUUCUACAUUGUAAGCAAUCUGAAGCAUCUCACACUAGCUUCAAUGUGCACUCUAAUUGCCACAAUUUCAUUAAGGUGUAUUUCUCUUCUCCGUCACUUGUUCUUUCCUUUAUUUCAGAAUCCCAUCAGCUUAUGGCUUUGUAAUUUUAAAAUGAAACAAAUUUACUUCCAUUUAAAAUAUAUAAUACAAUUGUGACUUUUCCCCAAUAUUGAAAAUUAAAGCUUGAAACAGAUGUGUAUCCUGGUUUAGUUUGAAUUGUUCCCAGUCUCACUUGAUUGACCAUCUACAUAUUUUAGCAUACUUGGAUCCUGCCGAUACUUGAGAAUUAUAUGCAUACCAUGACUUAAUAUGUAGUUUUUAGUAAUAUAUGCAUCCUUUUUUCAUAAUUUCAGCUCCGUAUAAAGCCAUUUUCUCUUUAAAUCCUUGUGAAUUAUAUUUUUCAGUGCCUCCAAUAUGGUCUUUGCACUUCCCUUAGUGACUUCACCUAGUCGCACCUUGAGCUUAAAUCAAGUCACACUUUUGUAAAGUUUGGAUUUGUUCAGAAUCCCAACUUUUCACGCCAUGUAACACAGUUCUGUUCUGUGUUGGUGAAUCAAUAUUGGAAUUUAGAUUAAGUAAAUCAGUUUUUGUGACUUCAAGAAUUUGUUGACAAUGAAAUGUAUCUGUGAAAAUGCUAAUCUGAAUCGGUCAAUAUUAUCUUCAGAAAGUAUUAUACCUCGUGCUUUUUGUUUCCUUUGGUAAUUCCUAACAUUAGCAGUUGGUGUUGAUGGAUGAAGUUUCUUGAUAUAUGGAUAAAGGGGAGAUUGUAAUUCCCUCCAACAAGUCCUUUGCAUGCUUUAUGAAAAAAAUGAUGGAGGGAGUAGUUUUUUUUUCUCUUCCUUUCUGUCAAAGUCUUUUGGUAUCAAUUAUAUAUGUCUUGUGUAUCUUGGUGCAUGGUUUCUUGGUCGAGAUGUAUAACCUAAUUAAAAAUAAAUAAAAAAUUUAAAGCUUGAUUAUGCGGCCUUUUUUAGGUCUUUCUUUUGAUGAACUGAAGAUAACACUUAGGAGGGAACUAUCAUUCUUCUCUCUCUGGGGAUACAGGGUUUUGCACUCUUUAAGCCAAAACAAUUGUACUUGCACACUGGAUGGGAUUCUGCUACAAAUAGCUGAUAUAUCCCCUUGAAGAACCUUCUAACUCGAAGUUCUAAUAUGUUGCUUACCACCUUCUUCACAUUUUUUAUUUCUGAAUCUGUGGAAGCUUGAGUCAUUACCCUUUGUAGCUCUUGACCUCUUGCUGACCUGAUUGGCUCCUCAACACUUAGCAUUAUUAUCUUCCCACGUUCAUCCAGAUUCAUCUCCUUUAUCUACUCUAUAUCUGAUGCAUAAGUUCCAUGAAUUUAGGUUUUAAAACUGGGAAAUGUUGCUUAGAGGGUCUAAAGAAGACAUGCUUUGUCACUUGGUCUGUGUCAUCCAUUUGACAUGCUUGUCAGUCACUACUAGACAAUUUUUGUUAACCUAUGGAAUGAAGAGGAGAGUAGCAUCCCCCCUCUGAAUUUUCAGAGCCUUCAAUAAUUAAAUGGAAGUUGAACCUCUUAAUCUCAUAAGAUCUAAUUUAUAAGCUCUUGAAAAAUUUCUAAUCUCAGAAACCCAGAAAAAAAGUUAUCUAAGAUAAAAAGCUGCUAAACACCUAAUGAACUGUUUUGCCACAGAACAAAGAUAAUUCAAACUAGAAACGCGAAUUGAAUAGGAACUCCUAUAAAAUAGAAAGUUCAACAAAGACACUAACUUCUUAAAUUAGAAAAUUUCAGAAUUAAUGCUGUCUAAAUUCCUUAUUUAUCGUAUCCCCUUUGCUUGCCAAACUGACCUAUUUUUGUCAACUCCUAGAUCCUCUUCAGUAAGUGAGCCCCUGUUUACGGUCGGUUCUAUCUGGGCCACCCACAUUUGUGGAAUCAACCAUCCUUAUCAAUCUAAGAUCAAACUGGGUAUCUCUUGGGUGGAAUACUUCUUAAAUCCUGUUUCUGGAGAUGACAUACUUCCUAAAGUACUCCACUACUACUUGCCUGCAAAACCAUGUGCACAUUAAAACAAGAACAAGGAGCAUUUUUAUGGCUGUUAAAUGCCAGAUAAUAUGACACCCAUGCCUUUCUCAAACUCCUGACUGUUAAAUCAUAUUUUUAAAUUUUUCUAAAAUUUUAUUGAAUCAAAUUGUUGAAGUCAUUUGACAAAAUAUGAUUUUUGGUAAAAUUGUUCAAAUAGGUAUACUUAUCAUAGGAUCGGCCCAAAUCUUUCUUUAAUACUGAUAUGUCAAUUAUAUGAUGAGCAUAGAAAUAACAAUGGAUCUCUGCAUUACUUUUGGGUAACGAGUAGGUUUCUGACCUUGUUCAUAGAGCUUCUGAUUUUAGCACACAUAGACCAAAUGCUGAUGAAGAUUAUAUUUUUUGCAAUAAAAUUCACUAUAGAGAUGUUUCUUGGUAAAGAAAUUCCAAGUUGUUUAAAAGAAAUUGUCAAAAUUAAGUUGCCUACCUCUCAAAGGCAUGUACCAGCUUUUUGAUUGAGCCUUCUAAAUCUGCCAGUAGCAGAUCUGUUACUUUCUCAUAAUUGCAUAUGAAAUUAAAAGAAUAUUAAUACUAAGAAACAACCUAAGCUCUUUUUAAUAUUAAUGAGCUUGAACCCUCUCCAUUUGACCUGAAAUCCUUUAGAAAGGUACACAAUUUAAGGAUAAAAGUCACUGCAACUCCACUUUUACCCUCUAGCACUUUUCACCUGAGCGUAAAGAAACCUCACAUGUGCAUAGAGGAAAAGGUACAUUUAUUGAACAAUGGAUUGCCCAUAAGCCUUGCCCUCACAAAAUAAAUGACCUAGCUAUUACCAAACUCACUAGCCAACAAAAACUGCCUAUGGUUUCUAGCCCAAAGGCUUGUCCUGUUUCUCAUUAGCACAACUUUAAAAUGAAGUUGGAACUUAAGUACAUAUCUGCAUAUCUUGAGAAUGAGAGAUUGGAAGGGAUGAUUGUGCAUACUGCUCAACACAAUUAAUUGAUUUGCAUCGAUUGAUACUCCACUUCAUAAGGAUCCAAAAAAAACAGAUGAGGUACUCCCUGUUUUAUUUUAAAUUUUUUAUAACAUGGAAAUCUUUGAAUUCAGCUUUGCAGGUUUGGGAAACAAUCCAUGGAUAUAUAAGAUCUGUUCCCCCAAGAACAGUGUAUCAGUAAGCUUGGAGCUCCAACCUGGACACCUGCUAAUUGAGCUGCUCAUGAUGUCAAUGACUUUUACUCUCAGCAGCUUUAGCAAACCUGGAGUGUUUGCAUAGCAUUUGAUAAUGGCCAUUGGCAGUCUCAAAAGAACCCCACAGCAAUGACCACAACAAAUUGCAUCAGGUUCAUUGAACCCAGUGGUACAAUAUGGGUGAAAGGUAUAGAUGGAAUGAUAUCUCUUUGAAUGGGGUUUUAGAUGGACUUAUUCUGGAAACAAAUUCUAUUCCCUGCAACUGGAAUAAAUUCAGAAUUAAUUUUUAGAAAAUAUCAUUACUCAAACUAGAAAGAAUUACUCCUAUGGUUUUACCUAAAAAAUGGUCAAAAAUACAUCAUUCUGAAAUUAAAAGAAAGCAUGAGGCGGUUUAAGUCUUCAAAAUUUACUUGUCUCUGAAGAAAAGGAGGAACCGACUCCAAAAUAAGAACUUACUAGAAAAAACUCCAGAGCAAAAUAAAAAAGUAAGGUACUUGUUGAUGAAAGAUUUAGAAACUUACCUAAAAUACAAAAACUCUACACUCCUUUUGUGAUGCCAUCUUGUACAAAAGCCUGAAUACCUGUCGAUAGGAGUGUUUGGAAACAUUCCCAAAAUACAAAACUGUAACUCCUGUUAUAAAUUCCAUUCAUCUUUUCAAAUCCUUUUCUGCCCCAAACUAGCAUCAGAGAAGAAAGGCUAUUCUUCUGUUUCAACCAUGGAAACAGAACAGCUAGCUAUUGAAUAUGGCUACAAGGCCAAGCCUUCAGCACUCUUGAACACCAUCUUCACUUGGACGGUGAACACUGCUGCUAAGACACUUCUCUCGGUGGCAUCAAAUUCAAAAACUGGACAUACAGAGAAGUGGAAGCCUACUGAUCAUCUGAAAUUCAUGGUCAUGCUAAUGACUUGGUUCACUGUCUGGGUUCUUAGGGUUUUGAUGGAUCAUUUCCCUUCCUCCUUAGCCCCCUCUCCUUAUUAUCUCCCAGGAGUUUCGUCACCCAUUGGACUACUUGACUUAAUGCCAUCGUCAUCAUCGUUGUCACCAUCUUCGUCAUCUUCUUUGGAUUUGGUUCUGUAUGAAGGAUCUGAUGAACCAUCCAUUAAAGCCCUUGGAAGAGCUCUCUCACAUAUUUUUACACUCCUGAAUGAGAUCCCAGCUACAUCAAGGAAAUACCAGUUUGCAGUGGCUAUGGCAGACAGGAUUGUGGAUGAGAAUUCCAGGGAUGGGCAUGUGGAACUACUUCAUAUAAACCGUACAAUUUUAGCAUCUGCAUUUGCGCGUACAACAGGUCUUCUUUAUCGUUCACUCCAAAGACAAGAAGCAGCAGGGGAUGAUAGGAUUGCAUGGCCUUCCCGCAUCAUCAAGGCAAUCCCACUCGGCUCCUACCUUACCUUCUACGUAAAAGGGCUCAGUCACUGUGUCAGCACCAUCUUCCCUUCUCUGGGCACGUCUCAAUUGGAGAAGAAGCAGCAACUGGCUAUGGGAGGUGGAGAAGAGGAGAUAAUGGCGGAGAAGUUGGCUCAGGAGUUGCUGUGGAUAAUGGACAAGCUGAGGGGUUGUGGGGCGGUCGACGAAGCCCUGAUGCAGUGGAGCUUUGCCUCCGGCCUGGCCUCCUUUUCUCUCACUGCUAAUCCAAGGGUCCAAGGUUCCAUCGUCAAGAUCUCGGCAAUAUUAGUUGAAGAGCUCAGUCGAGUAGACUUUGAAGUUCCAAGGCAGGUGAAGUUCAGGCUGAUUGGGCUUUGGCUUCCACUGUUCUGCUUCGCAGGCAACGGGCUUGCGUUUCCAUUCUUGACAGGCUAUGAGAAGGCAGAAACGGAGAGAGCCCUGGACAGAGUGAUUUCGACCUUGCCCGCAACUGACCAAGAAGUGAUCCUCACCAACUGGCUACAAGACUUCACCAUUUCAGCCUCAGACUGGCCAAAUCUCCAGGUAUCUUAUGACCGAUGGUGCCGUUCAACUCGAAAGCUUGCUGCAUAAACUUACACGUAUACACGUAUACAAAUACGUAGCUUGUGUACAAUGCCUACAAUUGACUGCAGGCUUAUAUACCACUCUAGUAUACUUAGUUACUUUACCUUGUUUUACUGGGUAGUAUAUAUUGGAGAUUAUGAAGUAAAGGGCUCACACUACAAGGGGAAUUACAUGCAUGGUAUGAUUGUCUAUGGAAUGUUGGCCGCCCUAUCUAUCAUCCUGGUAAAUUUAUGUGUAGAAUAUGUUUUUA